GAUGUUUCGGUUGGCCAGGUGGUGGCCGUCCUUACACGUCUGGUUGAGGAUGGUUUCGACGUCGGUGAGGGCUCUGAGGGAACCGACUAUCCUCCUGCUGGUCCUGACCUUCUUCUUCAGCGUGGUUGGCAUGCAGCUGUUUGGGACAGACUACAAAGAUCACGUCUGUCGCAUCUCGAUGGACUGCCAGCUCCCCCGCUGGCACAUGAAUGACUUCUUCCACGCCUUCCUGGUGGUCUUCAGGGCGCUGACUGGGGAAAGCGUCGAGACCUUGUGGGACUGCAUGCAGGUCUCAGGCCAGCCCCUGUGCCUCAUCUUUUUCAUGGUGCUCCUGGUCCUUGGAAAUCUGCUGAUGCUAAACCUGUUCCUGGUCUUGUUGCUGAGCCCCCUCAGCAGCUACUGCCUGACAGAGGAAAAAAAGAAAAUCAGCAUGCAGAUCUCCAUAAACAGGAUCCAGAGGGCUGUGAGGACUUUGCUGGGAAAGAAGACCCAGAUGGACCCAGACCACAAAGCGGUCAGCAGUGACCAAGAAAACAGGAAGGAGCUGCUCGCCAUGACCGCUGUGACAUCCGAGCAGCCAGAGUCAGAGGUCACCGCCCUCAGUAGUGACCAGAACAGCGACUCCUGCUGGGUCUCCGCUGCCAGUGACGUGAAGGUGCCUGAGAGGGAAAAAGACAAAGAGAAAAAAAAACACGAUGAAGACGAUGAAGGACACAUUCCUGAGGACUGCUGCAACGACAAGUGUUACCGCUGCUGUCCGUUCCUGGACAAAGACAUGUCUCGGGGUGGAGGGAGGGUCUGGUCUAACUUCAGGAGAACAUGCUGCUCCCUCGUACAACACAGAGGCUUUGAUGCCUUCAUCAUCGUCAUCAUCGUUGCAAGCAGCACUGCUCUGGCGUUUGAGGACGUCCACUUGCAGCAGCAUACAGUUCUAAAAACGGUUCUGGAGACGGCGGAUCAGGUGUUCACCUUCAUCCUCCUCAUGGAGGUGAUUCUCAAGAUCAUUGCCUUUGGACUCAAGAAAUACUUCACCGACGCCUGGUGCUGGCUUGACUUCCUCGUCCUGCACGUGAGAACCAACACGCCAAAAAACAGAACCAACACGCUAAAACACUGAACCAACAUCUCAAAACACAGAACCAACAGGCCAGAACACUGAAACCAACACGCCAAAACACAGAACCAACACGCUAAAACCCUGAACCAACAUGUUAAACACGGAACCAACAUGUUAAACAC